CAUCCGUUGAGAGCAAACCCAAGUAAAUAUGGGGUAAAACGGAUCAAAUUUGUAAAACCCUAAUUCUAAACACUCUCACUCUCUCACUCCUCCCAAUUUCUUCAAAAAAUGCUGGUUUUGGUAGCCUGAAUCAAGCUCCAAAGAGGUUUUCUUGGUACAUUUUGCAUUGGGCGGCUCAUUGAAAUAAGUGUGAGCAGACAGUGAUGGCGCCAAAUCCAAGGGUGAACGCAGCCUUUAAAGCAAUGGCAGAGCUUGGUAUUAAUGAAAAACAGGUCAAGCCAGUUUUGAAAAAUCUCUUGAGAUUAUUUGACAAAAACUGGGAACUGAUUGAAGAAGAGAAUUAUAGAGUUCUUGUAGAUGCUAUAUUUGAUGCGGAGGAUACUCAGGGGGUGGAAGAGAAGAAGGAGAAGAAGAAAAGCAAGAACUAUGAUGAGGAAGAUAUGGAAGAAGAGCCUCAGCUGCGUCGUGAACCUGCUCGUCCCUCGAAAAGGAUACAUUCAAGUGGUGAUGAGGGUUCAUCACAGAAGAAGAAAUCUACAAAUACUGAUCCGGAGGAUAAUAUUGGGGAAGAAUUGCCACUGCCUCAUCAACCUGAACGUCCCCUGAAAAGGUUGCGAAAAACCCAUGGGGGUCAACUUUCACCAUCCCCAAGUACCUGCAACCCUAUGUUAGGUGGGCCUUUAUUGAUAAGGCCAAAAGUGGAGAAAGAUGAGUUACUUACACGGUCACCUGACUCAAGGGCUGAAUUGCAUCAACCAGUUUCACCCCAUCGUAGUAACAAAAAUAAGGGCAAGCAACCUGUUGUGUCUAAUCCCGUACCACAGCAUGGAAGCGAAUUAUUGAGUCAGGCAUCGUUCUUUUGCCGAAACAUAGGGUUGACAAUCAUCAAUUAUCCCUCAAGUAAAGAAAAACCUCCACUCCAAAAUGGUGCAACUGGGGAACAAAAUGAUCAAGAACCUGUGGCAUCCCAGGAGAGAGAAAGUUCAAGAAGUGAUAUUGUAGCUUCAUCUAAUGAGAGGAAUACGAACUUUGAACUUGCAACCUUAGAAGAGGAAUCUUCUAAUUUAGAAGUUGUGUCUUCACCCUUAGGAGAGGUAAAGCUUUCAUUCAAUUGCAAUUCAGCUAUUAGACGACCAGAUUUUCAUAUGCCUAAUCUAGAUGCUGUCAUAAAUUUGACGGAGGAAAAAUAUCUGCAUUCAUACAAAAUCAUUGACCCCUACUUUUCUCUAAAGAAUCUGUUGGGGCAUAUGUGUGAGAGCUUCUUGGAACUGGGAACUAAUUCCAAUGGUGAAUCGCAGGAUGGAUCUAUAAGUGUAUCACCAAAUCUUGAUGCAUUGAAAAAAACUACUGCUUGGGAUUCUGUGCAUGGAACUAAGGAAACAUUAUGCAUGCAGCCAUGUUCUUUGAAUGGGCCCGUUGCUGUUACUGCUCAUGAAAUUCCCAGACUACCCCUGUCUCUGAAUGGUGUUGCUGAAUGCAGACAAGCAGGUGAGAGGGCUGAUUCUAAUGGUUUUGCUGAUGUUGAUAAGGAAGGUGAACUGGAAGCCUCUCGUGGCCUGGUUGUUGUACAACAUUGUGAUCUACCUCCUGAUGAUUUAAGGAGUUAUCAUGACAUUGAUGACAUAACCAAAGGGGAAGAAAGAGUCAAAAUACCAUGGGUAAAUGAAAAAAACAAUGAAUAUCCACCAUCCUUCUUCUAUAUCUCCCGAAGCCUUGUUUUCCAAGAUGCUGCUAUUAACCUCCGUCUUUCUGGUAUUGGGGAUGCAAAUUGCUGCCCAACUUGCUUUGGUGAUUGCCUAUCGGCGUCUGUACCUUGUGCUUGUGCAUCUCAGACUGAGGGGGAUUUUGCUUACACGCGAGAAGGCCUUCUAAAGGAUGAUUUCCUGGAAGAGUGUAUCUCUAUGAUUCGCAACCCUCAACAGCACCGUCCUUUCUAUUGUAAAAGCUGCCCACUUGAAAGAGUUAAGAAUGAUGAUUGUUUAGAACCAUGCAAGGGCCACUUAAGGAGGCAAUUUAUUAAAGAAUGCUGGAGCAAGUGUGGCUGCCAUAGACAGUGUGGAAAUCGAGCGGUCCAGAGAGGCUUAAAUUGCAAAUUGCAGGUGUUUUUCACUUCUGAAGGAAAAGGAUGGGGUCUCCGAACCUUGGAGGACCUGCCAAAAGGUGCCUUUGUGUGUGAGUAUGUUGGAGAAGUUUUAACCAGCAAAGAGUUACAUGAGAGGAACAUUAAAAGCUCCAGAAGUGGCAAACGUCCCUAUCCUGUGCGACUGGAUGCAAAUUGGGCUUCCAAAGCAGAUUUGAGGGAUAAAGAAGCUCUCUGUUUGGAUGCUACAAACUACGGAAAUGUUGCUAGGUUUAUUAAUCACAGAUGUCUGGAUGCAAACUUGGUUGAAAUCCCAGUUGAAGUGGAGACCCCAGAUCAUUGCUACUAUCAUCUUGCCUUUUUCACAACAAGAAAAGUAGAUGCCUUGGAAGAGCUAACCUGGGAUUAUGGCAUUGACUUCGACGACCAUGAUCAUCCUGUGAAGGUGUUCCAGUGCCAAUGUGGCAGCAAAUUCUGCAGGAACAUGAAACGUUCAAAUAGAUCUAGAUCUGGAUCAAUUGCAAGGUGAACACCGGGAAUGCUCGUUAAGUACUUUGUGUCAGGGAUCAGCGUGUUGAUGGAUGUUGUCUUUGGUCGAACACAAAGGAUAGGUGCAAAAUCAAGCCAAGGAUAGAUCUUUUGGAUGUUUUUUGUACAGGGUUUUAUACAGAUAUGGCCAAUUUGGUGCCUUAUUCCAUUGAUGAUUUGAUGGUACAUUUUGGGUCAGACGCUACCUGCGUGCUGUGUUUGCAGAGGCUAGUGGUACUGCUUAAAUAACUGAAGUUCUAUAUGGCCGCUGAUACGGCGAUGCUAUAUAAUGCGUUUUUCUUGGUUCU